AUGAAUUUCAAAUAUUUGCUUCGAUGGGUCUAUGAGCAAAUUCGUGACUAUAAUCUAUUCGCUCCAGAAACCGAUGAUGACAACAACGAUGAGAACAAACUGGAAGAAUCUGGAACUGCUCUUCGAAAUCAAAAAUAUACAACUCGAUUGUAUGUUCCACUUGUCAUCGUGUCUCUUUACAUCAUAUUUUACAUAUCUUUAUUACAACCACAUCCUCGAGAGAUCAUUAUACUAGAUGUCACUCCUAAUGUUUUUGAUCAACUGCAACAUAAAUACAUCAAAACUCUUUCAUGUCCAUGUCGAGAAGUGAAAAUACCCUACAAAGCUUUUGUGUCGACGAUGAUGACAUUGCAUCCAAUUUGUUCGAGUGUUUUUGUGAGUGAUGAAUGGAUUGAAGCAUUUUACCUUGCUAAUGCAAGCGAAUAUUUCUUGGGUGAUUUUGCCAAUUCUGCCUAUUCUCAGCACAAAAUCUUGGCGAGUCUGUGUACAUUGUGUAAUAAUAUAUUGAAACAAACUGAAUUGAAUCUCCGCAACGAAGACUUCAUUGCAAUUGAACUUUCAUCCGAAGAGCGACUUAAAUCGGAAAUAACUUCUGUUGUUGGAGGCUUUCGCAGUAGUGCAACGACUCAAAUCACUUCGUACAUCGACUAUAUUAGAACUGUAACUCAAGCAAACCGUUUUAUCUCAAGAUUAAACACAAAUAUGGUAAUUCUUGGUGAAAAAGUGAAUUCAUCGCUGAAAGGCUCGUACGUUUUUCAUGGAUUUUGGUCUUCACUUGGCGAUCCAUUUAAUUCAGCUAACAUGCCUGAGAAUUUUGUCUGUGACAAAGGAUAUAAACCCGUAUCAUAUGAUAUAUUUAGAAAAUCAGUGAAAGGAUUUGCUCAAGGAUGCUAUCCUCUCGAAGGACUCCUCGCAAACAAUCUCGAGUGUUUCUCUGAUAUCAACUGUCUGAAUAUGCUUACGAAUCAUUUUUCGAUUCCUGAAAAGAUGCGCACCAAGUUGUCUCAGUUUCUCAUACCCAAAAACGAAGAAAACAACACGAUCUAUGACCAUCUGCGCACACUUUUCGUCAACAAAUGGUCAACAAAUAUAGACUAUUCGAUUUAUUUCGACACAUGUGCAGCAUCCCACUGUGCAUAUACUAUAACAAAGCAAACUGAGUUUGCUAGUGCCGUGACGAUUUUAAUUGGUCUUUAUGGUGGUCUUAUUGCUAUCUGCCGACUUGUAGUACCAUGGAUAAUCAAUGUUCUCAUGAAAUUCAAACAUCGAUCAAGAAGCAAUGGAAUUAUUAAUUUCGGUAUUAUUUCAAACGAUGGAAAAAAACUGUUUAUCUAA